CCCCCCUCUCCGCCCCCGCCCCCGGCCUGGUGUAGAUCAUGCCGCCAGUGGCGGCCCUGACUGCCGAGGAAACGGUAGCCUAGGACAGUUGGCUGUUAAGUGACACUUAUUCUCCCCGCUCCUCCUGACCCCUGAGACAGAGGCACGUCCCCCGCCGCGUGAGGGGGUGGGGAAGUGGGUAGAGAAUUCGGAUCCACCUGGGAGGGGGGAGUGGAAGUUCCCGCCCCGGACAGCGGCGAGGCGGCAGCCACAGUUGAUUAUGGAAGAUUCCCACAAGAGUAACACUUCAGAGGCAGCGCCGCAACCUGGUUCAACGGUUCAGGGAGCUCAUAUUUCUCAUAUUGCUCAACAGAUGGCAUUAAGAGGAUCUGCGCCAGUGACAAUUAUACCUCUUCCUGGAGAGCAAGUACAGGUUCAGGGGGUCAUCCAGACAGCUCAGUCUUCUGUAAUUCACCCACCACACGUGCAAACGGUAUCAUCUUUAUCAGAAAGUGAGGAGUCUCAGGACUCAUCAGACAGUAUAGGCUCCUCACAGAAAGCCCACGGGAUUCUAGCACGGCGCCCAUCUUACAGAAAAAUUUUGAAAGAUCUAUCUUCUGAAGAUACACGGGGCAGAAAAGGAGACGGAGAAAACCCUGGAGUUUCUGCUGUCACUUCUAUGUCUGUUCCAACUCCCAUCUAUCAAACUAGCAGUGGACAGUACAUUGCCAUUGCCCCAAAUGGAGCCUUACAACUGGCCAGUCCAGGCACAGAUGGAGUACAGGGACUUCAGACAUUAACCAUGACAAAUUCAGGCAGUACUCAGCAAGGUACAACAAUUCUCCAGUAUGCCCAGACCUCUGAUGGACAGCAAAUACUUGUGCCCAGCAACCAGGUGGUUGUACAAACUGCAUCAGGAGAUAUGCAGACAUACCAGAUCCGUACCACACCAUCAGCUCCUUCGCUGCCCCAGACUGUGGUGAUGGCAGCCCCUGUGACUCUCACGUCUCAAACAGCUAAGACAGAUGACCCCCAGCUGAAAAGAGAAAUAAGACUGAUGAAAAACAGAGAAGCUGCUCGAGAAUGUCGCAGAAAGAAGAAAGAGUAUGUGAAAUGCCUGGAAAAUCGAGUUGCAGUCUUGGAAAAUCAAAACAAAACUCUAAUAGAAGAGUUAAAAACUUUGAAGGAUCUUUAUUCCCAUAAAAGUGUUUGAUUAAGAAAGAAAAUAUUUUUGCAGACUUGCCUAAAAAUUAGAUGGAUUUCUUUUUAGUGGAGUUUAUAAAUUAAAAGGUCAAAAAUGAAGCUUUUUAUUUAGGCUUUUGCAACUCAAAGAUAAAUAUGCAAGAGAUCUGGUGACAGAAGAUAAAGUGGAAAAUGACCUCAAAGAAGUUACUGGCACAACUGGAAACUCUGUAAAAAUUAAACCUACUCAAGAAGCAGGAAAUGAACUUUCACCAAUUUGAAUUUUCUAAAUAACAAGAAUCCAAAAAUGGCAGAUAAGAUGAAAUUUGGUAAAUUGAUUUUUAAAAUAAAUCAGUUUACCCUGUAGGUUUGCAUUUCUUACUGUUUCCUAAAUUUUACGUUUUCCAAUUGUGUGUGUGUGUGCGCGUGCUUGCGUGUAUCUUUUAUUUCUGCCAAUAAAUUCUAAAUUACAAAUAGAAAAGCUAAUACAUAACUAAAUAUAUAAAUUAUGUGUUCUGAUUAUGUAUACUUGUUCUAUUGUCACGUCUUUUAAAUGGGUUUUUUAAAGUGUUUUUUGAACUUGAGAGGGGUUUUGAGACUUGCCUGGGUUAACUGUUUUUGAGGCUUUGUCCUAAAAGGCAUCUAAGGUACAUGAAUGGAGUGUGGUGAUUUUGUAACUUUUUUUUUUUUUUAAUCAGAAUGGAAGGAGAACUUCUGUUUAAAAGUUUGAUACUUUUAAAUAGCUUGUUUUUUGGUUACUCUGGGAAUGGAGAUUUUCUACAAAUAUAUAAUAAAUUGUUUUUUGAUUCUAUAUUCUGUAUGCAGUUGAAUAUACAUUACUUAUUGUGUUGUGCUUUAAUAGAAAAGAAUGUUUACAGGCCCUUGAGAUGAUAUUAGAGUAUUUUUUAAAAACCUUCUGAAGAUGCAUACCAAAGUUUUCCAAGAGGAUUUUAUAACCAAUUUAAUGCAAGGUUUAUCAGAUUCUAAAUAGUAUGGUUAUUAAGGCAAUUUUAUGUUAGAGUCUAUUUUGUAAUGUAGUGAAUGGUACAUUUCUAAGAAAAGUGACUGCCAAUAUAUUUUUAUAGCUAAUCUUUAUAAAUUCUAAAGUUGAGUUUUUAAUGAUUAUUUUAAAUGUUUAUAUAGUUUGUUAAGUAAAAAAAAUAUUUUGCAUCUCAAAAUAUCAUUUUUAUAUUAUGAGAAGUUUCCAGAUUGGCUAAUAUUUGAAUUGCAAGUUUUGUAUGCAGUUUUAUCUAAAGCUCAAGAAUGCCCAUCAGUACACCAGUGUUUAACCUCUGUACUCCAGUUUGUGUUCACUUUGAAAUUGUACUGCAAAACUAUUGUGCGCUUCUUAUACAAUAUGUAGCAUAUUGUUGUCUGUGAAAUUAAAGGAUAUUUGAUAAAAUUAAGUUUGCCAAAUGUAAAAUAUAUUGCUUGAUAUGUGAACAAGCUUCCUGAUAGCCAUUCCAUUAAUUAUACUAACUAUAGUACCUUUCUAGUUUUAAAAUGAGGAUAAAUUUAAAAUUCUGGUCUACACAGCCUAUUUUAAGAGAGGGUAUCUUUUAUAUGUUUGAUUCAGUCAGAACCAGUUAUAAUAAACUAAAAGUAGCUAAAUUUUUUGUUCUCUAAAGGAGCCUGUAUGUAGAAACCUUAAUUGACAAAUUUAUGUAAUCCUAAUGAAAAACUGAAUUAACGGUAUUUUUAAAAACGGGACUCUGUUGAUUUGGCAGUUUAUGAAAAGAAAAAAAGUUUGAUCACCUGUGGGAUUACUUAUAUCACUUACUUAGUAUAAAGCCAAGAGGAGGUAUGGGGUCAAUGUGUUAUAUCAAGAGUAUUUUAAAAGAUAAUAUAGGGUAGAUGUUAUGCUUGGCUGUCACAGGGAUCAUUUAGCUCUUAAUGCCUUAACAGCUGGACAUCAUAAAUAUUUAUAGACUUAACACUGCCUGCAGACUUCUGGUGUAGAGCCUCGCUCUCACUAAAUCAAGUUACCUAGGCUAGCAAUAUAGAACGGGUAUGAGCAAGCUACUGAUGAUUCCAUAAAUGCAUACCAGAUUAUCUUUCAAGAUGUUUUUCUAACUUGAAUCCAGUGAGGGGCUUAUGAAAUUUUGAAAGUGAUUAUAGUCCAAACCUAAAUUAGACUCCAAAAGUUCAAAAGACCAGUGAUAUUUCCUUAGCCAAUUUACUGUUUUACAUGAAUUUAUUAUGUUUAUAUAUUGAUGGAAAUAAUUACUGCCCAUGAACAAAUCUUGAGUAUACAAAUUAUCACUUCAAUUUUAUUGUGCAGAGCAUGAAUGGCAUGUAUUAGAGCUUUGAAAAUCUUACUACAGUUGACCCUUGAACAAUGCAGGGGUUAGGGGCACGGACCCCCUAUGCAGUCAGAAACCACACACAAUUUUGACUCCCCCAAAACUCAUAUGAACCUGUUGACCUUAUUGCCUUACCAAUAACAAUUAACAAAUAUUUUGUAUGUUCCAUGUAUUAUAUACUGUAUUCUUACAAUAGAGCUAGAGAAGAGAAAAUAUUAAAAUCACAAGGAAAAUACAUUUCUAGGACUAUACUGUAUCGAAAAAGAAAGAUCCAUGUUUAAGUGGAUCUGCACGGGUCAAGACUGUGUUGCUCAAGGGUCAGCUAUGUAUUUGUUCAUUCAAUAAUUAUAUUGGAGUUACUGGUUAAAUGUGUUUUUCUCCAGUGAAAAUAUGUGGACAUAGGGAUGAUAUAAAAAUAUUUAUGGCUUGUAAUUAUAUAGUUGUAAUAAUGGCAGUUAAAAUUCUCAGAAAAGAUGUAGAAAUGAUAUAAAAUGAGUGAAAUUUGACUAAGGGCUUGAUUUAAAGGAAAAGUCACAGGUUAUAGUGAAACAGAAUAAUGUGAAAGUAUAUGAAAAUCUAAUUACAGUUAUAUUUGUUAUACAAAGUAGGUUAUAUUUAAUAACUACUGCUUGUUUUUACUAUAAAACAAAGUAAAGGAAUGCUUAAUAUAUUAAGGUUGUAGAAUUCAGAAGCCUGUGCUAGGGAGAGUUUGGCAAGAAUCUUUCCAAGAACAGUCAUUUGGAAGAGGUUUAGGCUAUUUAGCCUUUUUUUUUUUUUUUAAAGAGACAGAUUCUGGUAACUCUAUCCCCUCAGUGUAAGUUUCUUUAUAACAAACAUUAGGCAUUAGAGAUCGAGUUUUUAUUAUGUCAUGGUUGAGAUCCUUUUCCUCAAAGUUGACAGGAUAUAUAUAGUAGUUAACUGCCUUAGAUAAGUAUAUAUAACAGUUUUAACUGGUAACUUACAUAAAUAUAAAUUUUUAAAUUGUUACAAAUCCUGGGUUUCCUAUUAUACAUCCCAGUCAUACCAUUUCCUUAAUAUGGAGUAUUUAUUGAGGAAACUACUGAAGUAAGGGCAUUCAUUCAUUCAGAUAUUUAUUAAAGGCCUUUUUAUGUCAAGCCUUACUAGGAAAAGAGUGGUGAACAAGAUAGUGUUACAGCUCUUGUGCAAUUUAGAUAGUGAUGUCAUCCUAUGAGCUUGUUACUUGCCUAAGAUUAUAUGAGCAUUAAUAACCAGGGAUCUGGGACUUAAACCUAAUAUCUAACCAUUCAAUCCUAGUAGUCUUGAGGUGCCUGGCUGGCUCAGUCGGUAGGGCAUGCGACUCCUGAUCUCAGGGUUGUGAGUUUAAGCCCCACGUUGGGUGUAGAGCUUACUUUAAAGAUAAAUAAAUAAAAGGGCACUAAUUCCAUUUAAAAAACAAAGUAAAAUAGUCUCUCCUCUUUAUUAAACUCGGGGCAGGGGACUCUCUUUUGUGCUUUUCCGUGUCCCCAUAGUCCAGAGACAGCACUUACCUGGUUCAUAGGGAUGCUCCAUAAUGUUUAAAUGAAUAAAGGUCUGGGGUUUUAACUCACUAAGGCAUAGAGAAGUUUGAUACUUUGCCCAAAUCACACAGUAAAUAACAAAACUAGGGUUCAGAGCUAGGUGUGAUCAACUCCUAAAGUCCGUGGUCUUAACCUUCAUUAUGUACCUUCUUAUCUGUUGAAGUGUCUGAAAAGCUUUGUUCCAUUGUAUCUUUACCCUUUAUCAAAGAUUUUUAAAGUUCUACCUAAAUGUGUCCACGAGAUUUAUUUCCAACCUUGAAAACAUUUGGACUAAUCAAAAUGGUGCUGCUGUAAUUUCUUAUCAUACUUUAGUACUUCAUAUAGAGAUUUUCAGACAUAGACCCAGUGACCCAGCCCGACAGCACAUGGUAAGAGUUACAAAGGCCUCGGCUAUUUAACAAAACCGAAAGUGGCAACAAAAUAAUGCAGCACAGGACUUGCACAUCCUUGAUGAGGACAUAAUCAGGAGCAAGUUAUUCAAACAAACCAAAUGCAAAUUUGUUUUUACACUUUUCAUGUUUACUUUUAGUCUUUGCUUCAUAAAGCCACUGAUAAUUGAGGAAACUUUCAAGUAUGGGAUUUCUAAUUUUUUUUAAGAUUUUUUUUUUAUUUGAAAUAGAGA